CUGCGGUGAAGGAGUCGGAGAGCGCGGCUGCCAGAGAGGAGAAGGCGCCGGCGAUAGUGGUACCUCAACGUAGCAUGUCCAUCGACCACUGACACACUCAGCAUGGCCGAGAAAGGGAGACUCAGCUUCACCGGCUCGUCCGGCCUCAACAAGCCCGUGCCUAUGAACCUCUUUGCCACCUGGGAGAUAGACGGCUCUUCGCCCAGCUGUAUACCCAGAUUGUGCAGCUUAACACUAAAGAAGUUGGUUGUCGUUAAGGAAUUGGACAAGGAACUUACUUCAGUUGUGAUUGCUGUUAAAAUGCAGGGUUCAAAAAGAAUCUUGAGAUCGCAUGAGAUUAUACUGCCGCCUUGUGGUCUGGUGGAGACUGACCUCGCACUAACCUUCUCACUGCAGUACCCACAUUUUCUCAAAAGGGAGGGCAACAAACUGCAAAUCAUGCUUCAGAGACGAAAGCGGUACAAGAACCGGACCAUUUUGGGAUACAAGACUCUGGCAGUCGGUUCCAUUAACAUGGCUGAGGUAAUGCAGCAUCCAACAGAAGGUGGCCAGGUCCUCACUCUGCUGAGUAACCUAAAGCAAGCUGCAAUAAAAGUGGCUGAAAUUUGGAUCUUUGCAUUGUCUAGCCAGCCAAUUGACCAUGAGGACAGUGCAAUGCAACCUGGUCAAAAAAUAAAAUCGACAGAUAACUACUCAGAGGAAGAAUAUGAAAGUUUUUCUUCUGAACAGGAAGCCAGUGAUGAUGCAGUCCAAGGACAAGAUAUGGAUGAUGAUGAAUAUGAUAUGGGUAAGCCAAAAAAGCAGAGGAGGACAAUCGUGAGAACAACCUCAAUUACAAGGCAACAGAACUUCAAGCAGAAAGUUGUUGCCUUACUAAGGAGGUUCAAAGUUUCAGAUGAGGUCCUUGACUCGGAGCAGGAUCCCACAGACAACGUGCAAGAAGUAGAAGAGGACUUGGAUCUACUGUACGAUAGCUUGGAUGUGGAGAAUCCUAGUGACAGUGGCCCUGAUAUGGAUGACGAUGACAGUGUUCUCAGCACUCCAAAACCAAAGCUCAAACCCUACUUUGAAGGCUUGUCGCAUUCCAGCUCUCAAACCGAAAUUGGCAGCAUCCACAGUUUGAGGAGCCAGACACGGGAGCCACCCAGCCCUAUAGAUAUACCUGAAAAGCUCAAAAACUCUCCAAGCAAAUUUCACAUCGACAACAUUUCUGAUAUUCCAUCAGCUGAUCAAAUACAACAGGAGGAGGCAGCAGUGGGAUCUGAAAGCAUCAAUGCAGACACUUUCCUAGAAAAGCUGCCUCCCAGUGGAAAAAUCACAAAGACAGAAUCAUUGAUUAUUCCUUCUAGUAGUAGGUCUGAGGGGAAGCAACCAGGACGCCGUGGAAGAAGCACAUCCUUGAAAGAGCGCCAGCCUGCCAGGCAGCAGAAUGAGCGGGCAAACAGCUUGGACAAUGAGCGCUCACCAGAACCACGGCAGCACUUGCAGGGCACUUCUUUGACAUUGCUGAACAGCGUGAAGAGAGCCGCAUUCACUCAAAUCCCUCGGAAAACAGUUUAUGACCAAUUAAAUCACAUCCUAAUUUCAGAUGAGCAGUUGCCGGAAAACAUAAUUUUGAUCAAUACAUCAGACUGGCAGGGACAGUACGUCUCAGAGUUACUGCAGAAACACAACCUCCCUAUUGUGUGCACAUGUUCUUCUGCUGAUAUACAAGCAGCAUUCACAACUAUUGUCUCCAGGAUACAACGCUUCUGUAACUGUAACUCCCAAACUCCAAAUCCCAUUAAAGUGACCGUGGCAGGAGCCCAGCAUUUCCUGAGUGCAAUUCUACGGCUCUUUGUGGAGCAGCUGUCACACAAGACUCCUGACUGGCUUGGCUACAUGAGGUUUCUCAUUAUUCCUCUUGGUUCUCACCCUGUAGCCAAGUACCUCAGCUCCAUUGACUACAGAUACAACAAUUUUUUCCAGGAUGCAGCCUGGCAAGAUUUUUUCACCAAAACUGAGGCCCCUUCCAUAGUGCAAGAAAUACCAGAUGUUGUCUCUAGAGUUACUCAGUACAUCUCCAAUGCAAACAUUGCCCACCAGUUACCUAUAGCGGAAGCAAUGUUAACAUACAAACAGAAAAGGAAAAAGAGCUUUCAUUUUGAUUUUAACAUAAGCCCUGAUGAAGACUCUUGCCAAAAGUUUAUUCCCUUCAUUGGAGUUGUAAAGGUUGGGAUCGUGGAACAGUCUUCAGCAACGUCAGGUGAUUCAGAUGAUGCUGCCACUUCAGGUUCCAGUAUCUUGUCUUCCACCCCUCCGACGCUAUCUCCAGCAAUGAAGGAAGCCUCCCCUACCCCACCCUCCUCACCCUCUGUGGGAAGUGGACUGUAUUCAAGUUCACAGAGCCUUGGUCACAGUGGAGAGCUGAUGGGACUGCAGGUGGACUAUUGGAUCGCACAGUUGGCUGACAAGAAGAAGGACCCAGAGAAGAAGGAUGCUUCAGCCAAAAACACACUGAAGUGCACCUUCCGUUCCCUCCAGGUCAGCAGGCUGCCCAAUGGUGGGGAGGUUACAACCCUGCCAACAAUGUCCAUGACGGUGGUGACAAAAGAGAAGAAUAAAAAGGUGAUGUUUUUGCCUAAGAAGACAAAAGACAAAGAAUUGGAAUCAAAGAGCCAAGUGAUUGAAGGCAUCAGCCGGUUAAUCUGCACUGCAAAACAACAGCAGACCAUGCUGCGAGUGACGAUUGAUGGAGUGGAGUGGAACGAUGUAAAGUUUUUCCAGCUUGCAGCUCAGUGGUCCUCUCACGUGAAGUAUUUCCCAAUUGGCAUUUUCACCCAUUUGAAAUCUGCUUAUUAAACUUUCUCAGCUGUGCUGGACUGAAAACCAGCAGCUAGCCAGUGCCAAGAACCCUUUGCAAACUGCAGGCACCUGCUGCUUGUGUGCCAUUUCAGAGCUUUGCAUCGAUUAAUUUUUAUUUUUUUGAAAAGGAUGAUCCAAGGCAAGGAAUAAUAUAAAAAAAUCUUUCCAAGUCUUACCAGAAGGUUGUGUGGGCAUUUGCAGCACUGGUUCCCUAUGGCAAGGGGAAGAUGGCAUUCAGAUACAGAUGUGUGUGAUGCACUUACCACACUUGUUUGUGGCUAUUACCUGUUUUUUUUUGGCUCUCAAUAAAUAGGGGUGAAGCCUGAAGGUUGAAGGAUGGACGGCAAACCUGUUCACUACCUUGCAUAAUCAAUACAGAGCAAAGAUUAAUAGUAAAAAGCUGACUUAAGUUGGAUGUUUUUUGCAUUGAACCAUAGUUGUGGUCCUUGGAAUGCAAGUAGUGUAAUUUUCUCCCUGGAAAUCCACUCUGAAUCAUGAGUCAAGUUGUCCUUUGUCAGAUCCCAGAAGCCCACAAGCCACUUCAAUUGUAGCCACGUGCAUAGACUCCAAAUGAAGUCUGAGAGUGAUUGUCACUUGAUUAUUUGGUUUGUUUUAUUCGUGCUUCUUAAAUAAGGCUCUCAGCUACCAUAAAAUGCAAAGUCUUGGUUUGAAGAUAAUUCAUUACCAUGGCAGCUAAGAAAGGGGGAUCACUUAGCUGUGGAGCUGCAGGUAGUCCCACUAAAUGCUUUUCUCACCUUCCAAAGCUGGCAAGUGGGUUUGGUUUGCACUGGUGACACCAACCAGCUGCUAUAUUUUUGUUGCACACCACUUUUUAAUAAGGCUGUAGUAUAACUUGUGUGGGAUUUCCUUUUUCAGAUGCACUUCUUGGUGUCUUAUCCUUUGUGGUCACUGGUGAGGAAGCAACUGAGUCAAACUGAUGACAUCUUUCCCACACCAGCCACAUAAUUACCACAGGGGCUUUGUUUCCACCGUGUAUGUUAGUGAUCUAGUGCAAAAUUUCCAAAAUACCCAGCUUCAGAUAACGUUUUAUGCUUAUAACCUGGGUUCCAUUGAUUUCUAACUGCUGUCUUUUGGUUUUGGAGUGGACAGGAGAGGAAUGCUUCUUUAUCCCAACUUUAACAUAGAACCAUUCUGGAAAUAAUUUGGACUCUGUGUAAUUUGAGUGCACCCAUCAUUGAAGAGGAAGGAUGCCUGUUUUUCCUUGUGGUCUUGCUUAUAAUUUGCAAUGUAUAUAACAGUUUGUUGGUAUAAGCUUUGAUAUUUAUGGCAUAAUUUGUAUGGAUUUGAGUAGGCCUCCUGAAAGGAUAUAGUCUCUUGAAGGAGUGCAGAUUGAUUUUUUGACACUAAUAAUUUAUGUUGUACAGUUUUAUAUAGACUGGUGCAGUGACAGUGCAGAAUCUGUCACUAUAGGCACCAAAGGAUACUUGCUCUUAAUGUAAUGAAUUUCUCCCCAUCCCUCUCCCCAUCCCUUCCCCCCCCCCCCACCCCCCCAUGUGUUGUAUUGGCACAAAAACUCUAAAAUAAUGUGACUUAGGUCAGAAUAUAUGGGUCGGAGUUAGGCUUGUAGCUCAUCUGAAAAUAAACCAUGUUUGCAUUGAUUUCCUUCAUACUGAAAAUAAUUAACAAUGUCAUUGCAAAGUCUAACCUUAACAGUGUGUAGUUUUCUGCUUCUGCAAAUACCUCAGACCUUUUUAUUUUAAUGUGCCAAAAUAUUUUUUUAAGUAAUAAUUCUGGGUGAGAAUUCAUUAGAUCUCACCUGCCUUAAGCGCAACUAAAUCAGGACCUAGCCCUGCAGGGUAUAACAUGCCAAUGAACUAGUGCCUCAGAGUGCAUCAAGCGUGUUGGAUUUGCAGGCAGAAAGGUGACAAGUAACACUGCAAAUAUCAACGUCUUAAAGAUUAAGUAACUCAAACACAUAGAAAUGUCUGUGUUUGCCUUCAUGAUCUGUGGUGCUAGAAUACUCAUCUCUGCAUUACUUUAUAUGUCUGUGCGAGACAGUAGAUUCACACAAAUCUAGUCUUUAUAACUACUGACCUAUGUAAUAUUCGUCAUCAAUGAUCAGUGUCUAUUUCAUUACUGUCUCUAUUUCCUAUGUGGCGCUUAGAUCUCUGACCGGUUUAUUGUAGACACUAUCUUGAAAAAUUGGUUUUAGGGGAGUCACUCAUUUCAAAGGUUCUUACCACUAGUUAUUGUGAGUAGAUAAUGUUGCACCAUUUAUGAAAGUUAAGGUGAAGACCUGAAGAAAGGCAGAACAUCUUGAGAAUGUAUAAUCUUUAAUUAGGUGGCCACCUUACUCCUGCUGCAGUAGAAGUAUUUUCCAGACGACUGAGCUUAGUGGGGUGAAAUCAGACAUGAAAGGCAUGGACUUGAUUUUGACACCUGUUAUACAGUGCGCCCAAUAUAAGGUGUGGCACAUAAUGUCAACUCAUGGCUAUUUUGCAUCCUCGUAUCUGAUUUUUGAACCCAUUAAUACCACUCUUCACUACACUUGGAACUGUGAGCAUCCAAGAAAAUCUCCCUUUAGUUCAGUAGAUUCCUGGACUGUAUUGAACUGGACUUAUACAAGAGAGUUUCUGGUUUGAUACCUGAUCUGCAGCAUUGCUGAGUAAGGUAUUGAAAUGAACUUGCAGCAUCCUAGGGUUUGGCAAAAGGAAAAGUCCACUAGGGUUCUUGUAUCUGAUCUCCACCCCUCUUUUCCCUGCCCCCCUUCACCCCUCCCCCACCCCCUCCCGCUUCCCUCCCCACUGGGUGGAAGGAGGUUGUGCUUAAGAUGGUAGAUAUGAACAAAGUUGGCUUUAGUGGUGAUAGCAUGUCAAAUCUGGCAGUGUAGUCUCUGUUUGAAGCAGCUAUCUGCAUUCUGUAAAGUGGUGACCAUAGAACCAUACCCUAGUGCGAAUCUGCAUCCUCUGCAGAGGAAGUAACUGGUGGGUAGAAAAAGGAGUUUUUAAAAAAAAUUUAGAGUUGCAACUUCCAGAUGGAGAUGGGAAUAAAUCAGUAUGUUGCACAAAUAAACCCUAUCGGUAAAGAGAUAUGAUAUGUCCACCACUUUUCAACAAAGUUGUUUAAUUUUGGAACCAGCAAAUGCAACUGUUACACAGGUACACUGAUACCAAAUACAUGGCUCUGCACGAGUGGGGACAAGGCCCCUUUGGUCCUGUCUUCAUUGUUGGAGACAGGAUUUUUGAAUUCCAUGCUGACUGACUGACCUACUGAUUAUUUGGGAUAUAGCCACUGAUUUUCUCAUAUUUAUUUUCCAUAUUACAAUAUGGCUGAGUAAAUGAAACUGCAUAACCAAUACUGACUAAAUUAACCUGAUGUACUAAGGGCAGCUUUGUCUGUGGAAAUGUACAAGCCUAUUCAAAAUGGUACCAUGCUAAUCCUGCACUUGCAAUAUGUCAAUUUGUGUUACUCACAUACUGCUACCAGGUCCUGAAGAGCUCAUGCUAUUUUCUUUCUGUUAAAGGAUUAUUAUGUUCCAGGCCUGUGCCUGACAUUCAAUAAUUAUCACUUAAUAUUGAUCUAAGUAAAAUGCAUUUGCAGGCCUCCUUCACAACUCAACUCUAUAAGGAAGAAACCAUACAGAUGAGGAUCUCAGCAUUUCAGUCCCAGAUAUCCAGUUAACUAAUCUGGCCUUGGGUUCAGCAGUGCAUGCCCGCUGAGGAAAGUGUUGGGCACUGAGAUGAUGCCUUUCACAUUGAAAAGAUGCGCUAUCCAAUCACACAUCAAGAAUGGCUACUUAGAUAAGGUAUUGGAAGCUUGUCAUCAUCUGUGGGACUGCGCCAGAAGGGGGUAGGGGCUACUAUUGAAGGAAUGAAACCAUUUUAAACCAUGCUGGUCCUGUUCCUUCAGAUGGUUGAUUGCUGGAAUCCAAAGGGUGUAAAUUCUAGAUAUCAUAAGCUGAACGAUCGUGUAAUGUGACUUUAAAUUGAGUUAUUACAAAGCACGAGCAAAAUAUUAUCACAACAUUGCCAAAUGGUCCUUGGAAAGCCUGUGUGUAUUUUCCAUUUAAUUUGUUGAAGAUGGACAAAUGUUUGAACAAACAUUAUUAAGUGUAGGGAUGAGGCUCUUUCUCACUAGAAGAAGAUCAUGUAAUGCCCAGUCCACAGGUCACAAUGUGACUCAGACCAAUGGAGUUUAACAGCGCAGUAGAAUUAUAACACUGGAAUCCAAUGAUGUCACAAUUAAGAGAUUGGUUGAAAUAUAAUGGUGGAGUAUCCUUCAUAGAUGCAUUGCAGUUGACUUGGAAAACAUUGAUCAUUGGUCCAUCACUGCACCCAGACAUGCAGAGAAUGUGACUAUAUUUGCUUUGUUCUCAUUUCACCUUUUUUUUUCCCCAUCUGUUUCAUUGGGUUUUUGUUUCUUUGUACUGGCCUCCAUAAGAGUGUUAGAGGCAUAGUUCCAUCCACUGCUGCAAGACUCUUAGGCAGUUCUCCAAAAUGGAAGUCAAAAAGUCUCUUUUUAAAAAUGCAAAAAAUUGGAAUAGUGCUUUUUAAAAUAGCAUGCUCUUUGCUUUCAAGUUAUCCAAAGCAUUUUGACAAAUAGAUAAAAUCUUAAGGGAGAGUAGGAAUUGAGAAGGGUUGGAGGCAUUGCCCCAGUUUUAAUUAUACCUGUGCCAGAAGGGAGAAGUAAACAGAUCAACAAAACAGAAUAUUCAACAUUCUUUGCUAUAAAUCCUAUUAUAAUAGAGUGCAAUUUGUUAUCUGCUGAAAGCACUUGCCCUCUGACCUGGAAGCAUUAUGGAAGCACUGUGUGUGAAACCUCUGUACAAAUGUGAAUGGUUUCAAAUACAGACACACCAUGAUGUGAAAAUUUGCACUGUUUUGCUGUCAAGAAUAAAAUCUUAAGUCUUUUAAUUUUUUUUAAUUAAAAUGUUCUGAAUUUUCACUUUAGAAGGCUGAUAUAUGAUAAGAUUGCAGUAUUUGUGUUUUACAACCCCAUUGUAGUGCAAGUUUGUUUUUCUUUAUGUAAUGGUGAAGACUUUAUGAAGGAACAGACAUGCAAUACAUUGGAUUACUACAAUUAAAUAAAGUAACCUUUAUCCA